GUUAAACGAGGCGGAAUGGAUGUGUACGUAGACAGCCUGAGAGGCUUCGCUUGGGGCCUCGGUAAAGCCAUGGCAGAUGAAAACACACAGUUCUGUGGAAAUUGCAAACAUGACAUUCCAGAGGCUAAUUUUACAACCCAUGAGAUCCACUGCCGAAGAAACAUUGCACUGUGUGAUGUAUGCCAGGAGCCAGUGCCCCGGUCAGAUCUGCAGGAGCACAAACAGCAGGAACAUACUCAGAUUACAUGCAAGUGUGGUUUGAAGAUUGAGAAGAAUGUUGAUGUUCACCAGAGCUCCGAAUGUUCUCAGCGGCUGGUCCCUUGCCAAUACUGUGACCUGGAAAUAGUUUUCUGUCAGUCCAAAGAACACGAGGAUUAUUGCGGUACACGCACUGAGCCCUGCGCAUUCUGCAAAUGCAAUGUAAUGUUGAGGGAACAAGCUGUGCAUCCGGUCUUAUGUGGAAGUCUUACACCGCCCCAAGAGAGGAACAACAGCCGCACAAGUCGCAGUCCAGUAGAACCACAGCCUCCAGGGGCAUGGUUUGAAGCCCACUCCAUCCGAAACCUCCUAAGAGCCCAAGAGAGAGGCCCAAAGAAUAAUAACAUCAGUGCAGCGGAACAACAGGCAUUUCCCCGGCCGUUUGAUCCCAGGGUAUAUAACACUUCAGGGGGACCUCAAGGCCCAGGAGACUGGAAGAAUACUGCCCCGAUGAAUACAUUUAGCCACUUGCUGGGGCAGAGGGAUUUUCUGAAUAGCAGCACCAGCAGUGCGUGGCCACAAAGUGAACUGACAAUGGGUGACGAUUCAUCAGGCCUGGACUACAUGUUGGCCCUCAGCCUGCAGAGUGAUGGAGAAUCAGUGGCUGGAGGCAUCGAGGGCAACCUGUGGAGCGGGAUCUGGGACCACAAGAUUGGGAAGACGUCUAACACCUCUGUAAACUCUCCAUUCUCGCCGCCCAACAACAAUUUCCCAAACUUCACUACAGGCACAAGUGCUGUCCAGGAACACGAUCAAGCAGAUUCCAUGCUUCCUUGUGAGUUUUGCGAAGAGCUGUUUCCUGAAGAGGACCUCAUUUUGCAUCAGACUGGAUGCAGCCCCGCCUCCGCCUUUGCGUCUUACAGCAAGCAGCCCUUGUCUCCACCUAAAGAGGACAGGAUGAGCAGGAAUGCUUCAGGGCUGAUGCACAAUGUCCCUGACACACUCGCUUCAAACAUCCCCACUUUCCCUCGAUCAGUCUCCCCGGCCUCCUACAGUCCUCCAGCCAGUCCACUAGAGGGCGAUGUGGUCAUUCCAUGUGAAUUCUGUGGUGUCGCUUUGGAGGAGGCUGUCGUCUUUCACCAUCAGGACAAAUGUGAUAUGCGUCCUCAGACUGGCCCUCCACUGAAUAAUCUAACAAAAGCAUCCGUCAAAAAACCACUGAGCCCUGCUCAAGACGCCGUUGGUCAGAUGUCGCCAGAUUUUAAAAGGAGAAUGAAUCCCCAAGCUGACUUCUCAGAUGGGGACUUAGGAUUUGCCAGAAACACACCACCAGGACAAAACCCAAGGGAAUGGCAGAGAGGAUACAUUGGACUACCAAGUCAAAGGAAGACAUCCAACUGUGAUGCUUCUGUAAAAAACCGAACUCUGCAGUGCAGGGAAGCAGAAGGAGCUCACUCAUCUUCCGGGGACACUGAGUUGUCUGGCUAUGCAUAUCUAAAGGGAGUACAUCUACCAGAAAAUAAAGAAGGGAGAGGGAACAGAAGAAACUCUUUGACAAAGUUGCCCAAGAAGCAGAAUGAAGAGCAGCAAGAGGAGUGAGAGCAGGAACAUAUGGAGAAAUACAAAAACCAAAUAUGCUACUCUGCUUUUCCUGUAUCUUCUUGCACACUUUAAAAAAAACAAAACACAUACCUAUCUGAUAAGUGCCUGUCUGAGUAUUAGUUAUCAUGCAGUUUAUAUUUUAAUGAGUUUACUCUUAAAAUUGAAGUACGUAAUUUGGUGUAUUAAUGCAUAUUCUGCUUUAUUUCAGGAUUAGUUUCAAAUGUAUUUUUAAUAUCUAGCCUCAAAAGAUAAAUUAUAAAAUGGAUUUUAUUUGCGCUGAAUUUGAUUAGUUUCUCUUUUUUUUUUUUUUACCGUAUAAGUCGUGGCGUGGCUUAGUAAGAUAAUUGAGAGGAUCAAACAGACACCUGGCUUUAUCGGUGUGCAUUUGUCUAAUUUAAUCUUGACCUUGUUACUUCAGCCAAGGACAUUUUGUUUUCACCAGGGUCUGUCAGUUCUUCAGGGUCUUUCACAGUGUUCCCAUCAGUUUCUGCAUCUUUAUGUAACCUAAAGCACUUUGAUAGAUUAUUUUGUGAAAAAAGGACUUGAGGAAUAGAUUUGAUACAUUUAUGCAUCUUUGACCAUGAAAAGAAAAACUGUAUAAUUGAACAUUUGUCUUUUUAUAUUCUUCAGUAAUAUUUAGAUUUUUUUUAAAAUCAUAACUAUAGAAUUAUAUGUGUGGUGUUACGAUAAAAUGGCUUUUGAAGCAGUGUCUCCUGUCCAAUCUUCUUUUAAGUAGUAUGAACAAUUUUAUGUGCUGUUCCUCUGAAUAGGAUCUAAGAUUGAUAAGAAGUAUUUUGUGUGUAACAUAGGGUCCACUUUAGCAAUACAUAUCUGUAAGACAACCUUGUGCCACAGGUGGUGGAACACUUUCAACUAAAGACAACGCCAGAGAAUUUCCCUGAUUAACAUCUGGUCGUCAACCUCAACUAGUGGGGAGCAAAUAAUGAGUGAAAUCUCCUGGUGUGGUGUUUGGUUGGACUGGAGGCGUCCACGGCACAUGGCUGACUAUUCCUGUUUAAGAACAACUGUCUUGAUCCUCUUUGUCUUGUGUGGCUAUUAAAUGUUUAAUGAGGACA